AUGGACAGUCGUGUUGAUCUGGCUAGACUGAGGGAACAGACCAUCAGCCCACAUGUUGACGAGGAAGCCGUGACGGUAAACAGAAGAGCUCUUAUUGACAAGAUUCUUGCAAGAUAUUCCGGAGCUUGGACAACUUUGAGAGAAUUGAUACCGAAUGCUGCUGAUGCAUCCGCUAAGAAGGUUACCAUUAGGUUUGAGUCCUCGCCAUCGACAAAGGUUCCUUUUCCUGGCGGCAAUGGUAUUGAUAAUGCUGCAUUGUUGAAGCACACCCUGCAGCAACACAGUAUUUACAGAAUAUUGGUUUCGAAUGAUGGCCAGUCUUUCUCUGACAGUGACUGGAUGCGGCUGAAGCGCAUCGCUGAAGGAAACCCUGACGAAACGAAGAUAGGCGCUUUUGGCGUGGGCUUCUACUCUGUGUUUGCAGAUUGUGAAGAGCCUUUAAUUCUAUCCGGCCGAAAGACCAUGGCAUUUCUGUGGAAGGGAAACAGCCUAUACACGAAAGCCAGUACCAUUACAGCCGACUGUGCCGAUUCUGAAAUCACAUUCCUGUUACAUUACCGCAACGCGACAUCACCUAUUCCGGAUCUGCUAUCUUUAUGCGCCAACAUAUCUAUUUCAAAGAAUAUCAAUACCAAGACUAAGGAGGGUUUGAUGAAGAUCGUAGCAGUUGCACACCAAAAUACGCAAAUCAACACUAAAUGGCUCAACGCGAUUGAUUGGUCACCUGCCAAACAAGGCCAGAUUGCCGAAGAGUUGAUUGAUAUGGCUUGUGCCUCGAUCUCAAUUUACUCAGGAGUAACUGCCCACAAAGCGACGGAACUCUUUUCAUCUGUGCUACCGAAUGAACAUGGACGAAUUUUCAUUGGCUUUCCGACUCCACAGACUACUGGUAUUCGUUGUCAUAUAUCAGCGCCGGGCGUCAUCCCUGCCGUAGAGCGUGAAAGCAUAGACUUGAAUGCUCGCUACGUAAAAACGUGGAAUAUUGAGAUGCUGCGCGCGGCGGGUAUCGCUUGCCGUAUUGCGUAUACCAAGGAGAUAGAAGAGUUGAAAUCUCGACUCAAAAUCUCGAUGCAAUCUGAAAGUCGUGCUACAAUUUCCGCAACCGAUAUCGAAUCGGUCGCGCCGCAGGUGACCCACGUAUUUAAACAGCUCACAGCAACCGAGUCCACGCCUUCUUCAAGUGUUGGUCAGCUGAUUGGGGAGGCAUUCUGGGAUUGCUCUACGACGGCUUCAGUGGACAUAUUGUCAACGAAGGGCAUUCUGCCUAGUCAUCAAGUGCGAGUUGUAUCGGAGCCUCUCAGAUUUGUUGAGAAUGUUCCACUCGUACCCGCAUCAAUUGUCGCUGACGCUGAAGAUUUUAUCAGACAACUAUUUGAACGUGGAAUGGUGUCGGACAUGACUGUGAAGGACAUUCAGAAGGAAUUGGAAAGCAGAUCACUGACUGAGAUACAGCUGAUAGCUUUUUUGAGAUGGUGUUCUGGGCAGCUUAAUAGCAACCAGUUGGAUACCUCAACCAUUCGCAGCUUGCUUGAAUCGGCUAUCGCAACUAUUGGAGCUCAAGAUAGUGGCAAGGUUGUCGCGCUUUCUCAGAUCAAAACGUUCUCAAUGGGAGCAAAAAUCACUACUAAUAUGCCCCUUCCGGAUCAUACUAUCUCAAUGAAGCUCACUAAGGGCAUGAAGCGAUGGCAGCUAGAACAGUUUGGAUGGGAAGAGCUUCAAAUUGUUCCGUGGUCACGUUUCAUUAUCGACGGGGCAGACCGAAAGCAUCUUUCACCCGAUCAGUCUAUCCUUGUUUCUCCCGUAUUCGCGCAACAGUACUUCAUCAUAAUAUCAAAGGCCUGGGACUCAUUGAACGCAAGUUCGAAGCAAGCACUGAUCAAUCUUCUUAGAUCCCAUGCGGUCAUGCCGACAAAAUUGGGGAUGCGCAAACCAGCUGAUGCGUAUUUUCCAUCUGUCAAAUUGUUUGAUGACCUCGCCACAAUAGAUUUGCCGACAGGAGUGAAGGAAAAAGUAAUGACUGCGCUCGGUGUACGCAAGACGAUCGAACUCAAUGUCGUCUUUGAUCUUUUGAUGAGCCAGUCACCUAAGAGUGAACAGAAAUGGAGUUUUGCAGAUCAAAUCCGAUACCUAGUCUCAGUGCGCGAUGAUAUACCAAAGGAAGAUAUUGAAAAGCUUAAAAUCGCAACAAUUUGCCCAGUAGGAGAAGCUGGUGGCGAGCUUUUGAAACCGGGGCGUUUAUGUAAAGUCUCUGAGCUAUUUGAGCCAAAGGACAUACUCAGAACGCUGACAUUGCCUGUUCUAUAUUGGCCCAGUAUUUGGCGUCCUGAAGGUCCUGAGGGGCGUUUCUUGAGUAAUUGGGGUCUGAGCACGUAUCCGGACGUUCUCAUCUUGGUGGGGAAGAUACUCGAGGCUGCUUCCAGUAUUUCGUGGACUUUCAUCACGCAAACAGAGAUGGAUUUUGCGAUAUUAGCGGCUGAUUUGCGACCGCACGCUCUCAAAUUUGGCGUCGCACGAGACCCAUCUAUUCAGCAAUGCGCUACUCGACUUACUAAUGCACCACCAAAGUCAGUCCGCGAAGCAAUAAUAGUUUUUGGAUAUCUUUCUGGCCGUUUAGGUGAAAUAAAUGCACAGCUAGCAGAAGCGAUCGGUAAUUCAAAAAUUGUACCAAUAUUCAAACGGCUAGGUGAGAAGCAGACAGUUCGUUACGCUAAACCAAAGGUGGUGUUCUUGGGUGAUCCGCAAACUUAUGGAGAUGUUCUUGAUUUUGUUGAUUUUGGUCUAGAAGCGAACUCCUUUUUGUUGAAGGUUGGGUCCAAAAGCAAGCCAGGCAGUCUCGAGUUGGCACAUAUGGUCAUCGAUAAUCCGUCCAAAAAUUUGGGUGUACUCGAUAAAACAAGAUAUCUCGAUCUGUUGAGGAAGCUUGCUGGUAUCCUGACAACGCUUAAAUCAGAAAAGGCUCUAUGGCGUGAUAUGACGCACUCUGCCUUUCUGCUCGGCUACACCGAAGAGCUGGACGAUUCGCGCAAAUCAACAAAGCGUUCCAGGGAUGACGAUGACUUCGCUGCUGAUGAUGACAUCACUUUCAUCCGUAAUUACAGCUUGCAGCGACCUGAAAAUCUUGUCGUGGUAGAUUCCUCCUUUGAGUAUGCUAUAUUUCGAGAGCAUCUUUGCUUUGCACCAGAGGACAUGGCACUUGAGCAGUUCUACGCCGCUUUAGGAGCACCGAUGCUGUCCUCGUUGGUUGAAAAUGACGAUCGUAUUGGCAAUAUCCCUCCCGAUCAAAAUCUAGCCCGAAAAUUUAGGGGCCUCGUCAUUGAGCGAACUCGAAUUUUUCUCCAUGAGUAUUCUGGGGAGUUGCGACUUGAGGCCAAGUGGCUAGAAAAGAGCUUGUCUGUUGUUAUGGUCGAUCGUAUAGAGAGAAGAAUUUCUCUGCAAGGCUAUGAAAUUAGCCCUCACCGCGAAAAGCGAACGGCAGCAAUAAGUGACUAUGGCAGAAAGGGGGUCACCCUUUUCAUCAUGCAGACUCCUGAUUUCUAUGAGGUCAGCACAUAA